AUGCCACAUUCAGUCCAUCCUACUCCACGAUCGAACACACCCGACGUAAACGACCUUGCUCGGUAUUGGUGGAAUGUCAACCAGCCUCGAAAUCAAUGGACCGCAGAAUGUCCCGAGUUCCUUCAGGGUCAAAGUGCGAAGAACAUAGGCAUUCUAUCGCGAGCCAAGGAUGAAAACCGUCCCCGAUUCACUUGGGAAGAGGUGCAGGAGCUGGCUAAGACCGGACGCAUCCACCACUUUGAACGAAACUCAGACGCGCUGCGUGCAUACCUGGAAUACAUCCAUUGCUUGAAGAAGACAUACGGCUCGGUUCUGGCAUUCAUCCAACACCAACGUCUGCACUGGGAGGAUAUUGUUCCGUCGAACGACAAGCACUUCAGCAACCCGGCCGACUUCAAGGUUCUUUACAACGACUGGCCGUAUCAUAUUGACGAGGACAUCACACAUCUCAUCGUCUGGACGAAGUGGCAGAUGGAUGAUGAGCCGGAUACGGAAGAACCCACUGUUGAGACGAGGCGGGAGAUUGAGGAGUUUAUUACCAGGACCUUUUGUGCUGCCGGACCUACCAUUAUGGACAGAGAUCGAAUAGUCUGGUUCAAGAAUUGGAAGAGCUUGAAGAGCGUGCAUGCACUAGGUAUGUUCGAGUCCAUUUUGUCUUGA